AUGGCACCCCGUAAGCUGACAUCGUUGAAGGCUUUGGUCGUGAAGCUGGGUGAAAUUCAAGCUGACCUGGACGAUAUUUGGAAGUUCGUUCAACGUUACGAUGAGGCCACCACCGCGACUGAUGUCAACAUGCGCUUAGAGAGGAUUGGCGAACUUUGGGAGAAGUAUGGCGAGACGUUGGUGGAGAUCAAAUGCCACGACGACUACGACGAGGAUGAGGAUGUGCGACUGCCGCAGAUCAAGCUGCAGUCAUUCAACGGCGAUAUCGACGAGUGGAUUAGUUUCCAUCAGGUUAUCGAACCAGCGGAGUAUAAGGAUCUCCUGCUAGUCAAUCUUCUCACCAAUCGUUUGGAUCCGGUGACCCGCCGAGGUUGGGAGGAGUUUUCAUCCACGAAGGAGCAGGAUACUUUGGAGGAUCUGACGGAGUUUCUGCAGCGAAGGAUACGUGUUCUCGAGUCGCUUCCAACGAAGGCGGCUGAGUCUAGGGGUGUUCAAUCGUGGCAGCAACAACCCCAGAGGCAGAAGCAGUCCACAGCGAAGGCCAGUUACAGCACGAUGCAGUCAUCGUCAGGAGCACGAUGUGUGGCAUGUAAGGAGAGCCACUACCUCCAUCAAUGUGGCGUGUUCCAACGAAUGUCGGUGGCUGACAGAGAUGCCCUGCUGAAAACCCACUUCCUCUGCAGGAAUUGUUUCCGAGUGGGUCAUUUGUCCAAGGAGUGCCAGUCCAAGUUCAAUUGCAAGAAUUGUAAGGGUCGUCACCACACUUUGGUGUGUUUCAGGUCGGAGAAGGAUAGUUCUGCAAAGGUCGCAGCGGUUGCUAGGGGCAACCAUCCUUCAAUCCCAAAGGAGUCCUCUGGAGUCAACGAAGCUUCUGGUUCGGGUUCCUCUCAGGUGGUCAAUAUGGCGGCCACCGAAAUUUCGGUUUCUGGUGCGGCUCAACAAUAUUCUUCGCAAGUUUUGCUGGCAACUGCGGUUAUCGUCGUGGAAGAUGAUCAAGGUGGAAGGUUUCCUGCUCGCGCUUUAUUGGAUUCGGGCUCAGAGAGCAACUUCAUCACGGAGCGACUGACUCAACGGAUGAAGACCCAACGAGAAAAGGUGGAUAUAUCGGUGCGAGGAAUCGGUCAAGCAGGAACCAAGGUCAAAUACAAAAUACAAGCGGUGGUGCGGUCGCGAGUUUCUCCUUUCUCGCGAGCACUGGACUUUCUCGUUCUUCCCAACGUAACGGUGAAUCUGCCAACUGCUACAAUGCGCACGGAUGGUUGGUCGAUACCCCCAGGAAUCAAACUGGCAGAUCCCGCUUUCUUCUUGUCCAGUAGAGUCGACUUGGUACUCGGUAUCGAAUCAUUUUUCGAUUUCUUCGAAACCGGUCAAAGAAUUAACCUAGGCAACCAAUUGCUGACGCUGAACGAAUCGGUUUUCGGAUGGGUGGUGUGUGGAGGUUUAUCCUAUUCUCAUCAGGAUCUGCACAUUACCUGCAACGCUUCCGCAACAGAGAAACUGGAAUCUCUAGUUGCCCGGUUCUGGUCUAGCGAAGAGGUUGGUUCGGUCAAGGUACUCUCACAGGAGGAAAAACGAUGUGAGGACCUAUUCCAAAAUACAGUCCAACGGAAUCCCGAUGGCAGGUACACGGUUACACUACCAAAGGAGGAAGGCGCUCGUCAAAGGUUGGGCGAAUCCAAGGACAUUGCGGUCCGGCGUCUUCAUGGUACGGAGCGACGCCUGGCAAGGAAUGCCAACCUGCACAAAAGCUACCACGAUUUUAUGGAGGAAUACGAGUCGAUGGGACACAUGGAGAAGGUCGAAGGGGCGGCCUUAACAACAAAACAGCGGUGCUUUUUACCGCAUCAUCCCGUUUUCAAGGAGGACAGCACUACAACCAAGGUCAGGGUGGUGUUCGAUGCCUCCUGCUCAACAUCGUCCGGCGUAUCGCUCAACGACGUGCUGCUGACUGGACCGGUAAUACAGGAUGAUCUCAGAUCAAUCAUUAUGCGAAGCCGUACCAAGCAAGUAAUGCUCGUUGCUGACGUCGAGAAGAUGUUUCGGCAGAUUUGGGUUAACCCGGAAGAUAGGUCUCUACAGUGUAUCCUGUGGCGCUCAGAUCCUCAGAACAACAUUAGCGUGUAUGAACUCAAGACCAUUACUUACGGUACCAAACCGGCGCUGUAUUUGGCCACAAGAACCCUCAAACAGCUGGCGUUGGAUGAAGAAACGGCAUAUCCUCGGAUCACGUGCGACGAGCGAAGACACUUAUAUGGAUGA